CUACUUCCGGGUUCCAUGAGAAACUACAAACCGUCCAGCGGCGCUUUGGGGAGCAGGCGGAUCGGUUGUUAUUAGUCUGGCAGCAGGAAGCCGCCAUGCUGGCCGCCCUGACUGCGCUGCUGCUGCUGCUGAGCUCCGCACCGGCCGGCUGCGUCUUCCAGAAGCUUUACUGCUCCUUCUCAGACAGCUGCGACUGCGACUUCAAGCCCCGCAUCAGAGACCUGGAGUGGGACCUCUACAAGAAUGUCUUUGGUCAGCAUCUGGCUCAGGACAUCGUCUCAGAAGAAGUGGGCCGGUUCCUCCUCAAUAAGAGCCCCGAUCGGCCCCUGGUGCUGUCCUUCCACGGCUCCUCGGGGACCGGGAAGACGCUGGUCAGCUCCAUGCUGGGAAACCACCUCUACGGCUCGGCCAUGAGCAGCCCCUUUGUCCACCAGUUUGUCCCCACGCUUCACUUCCCUUCAGCCAAGCGGGUCGAUCAGUACCGGGCGGAUCUGAAGAGCUGGGUGCAGGGGAACCUGACCGACUGUGCCCGCUCCAUCUUCAUUUUUGACGAGAUGGAGAAGAUGCCUCCAGGCCUGAUCGACGUUCUGGAGCCCUUCCUGGGCCCCUCCCACGUUGUGUUCCGGACCAACUACCGGAAGGCCAUCUACAUCUUCAUUAGCACGGCGGGGCAGGAGGUGAUAAACCAGACGGUUCUGGAGAACCGGCAGUCCGGACGGGAUAGAGAUGAGCUCAAGAUGUCUGAUCUGCAGGAAAACCUCACACAAGCAGUUUACAGCGACAAAACCAGUGGUCUCUACCAGUCCAGCAUCAUCCAGCAGAAUCUCAUUACUCGCUUCGUUCCCUUCCUGCCGCUGACCCGGACCCACGUGGAGCGCUGCGUUCGUGCGCAGCUCUGCCAGCGUGGCAGCUGUAACCGCAGCGACGUGGUGAAGGCGGUCGGAGCAGACAUGACCUACACUCCUGCCGAGGGACGGUACUUCUCCACCACCGGCUGUAAAACGGUCUCUGCUAAGAUCAGCUUCUUCCUGUGAGCCGCAGCGGGACGGCUGGAAGGUCCAGCUGUUGUUGGACGGUGAACGACGGCAGAGACGCAUGCAGGAAGUGAGCCUGAGCGGGCAGGAUUUGAACCGAAGACUGAAUAACGAUGGGGAGCAGCUCUCUGUUCUCGCUGAGAACAGAAAGGAGCUGCACCGUCAGGGUUUGCUGCGGCCGCAGACAUUUUCACGGUCUGAACCAGGAGUCGUUUCUACCUCAGACCAGACUUCAGACGUCUCCAGCUCUUAAAAAGUACAAAGCUGCAGCUUGUUUUAUUUAUCAGAUCUUAAUUUAUAUUUGCUUCUUACAACCCGCCCGUCUGGUUUUAGGGGAGUGGAGAUUUCCCCCAGAGAUGUUCGGUGCCAUCAAUUAUCAGUUGGAUCACUGCAGGGAUGCAUACGAACCAAGGAUGUUUGCUUAUGUUAUUAUUUUUUACUGAAAGGGAUCAGAGGUGUGAUUGUAGCACAAUGAAACUGUUUUUAUGUCAGAAGGUUUUAAACUAGGAAACACGAGUCAGUCGUCUUGUAAGGAAGCUAAUUAGAUGAAAAAUGUAUUUAGAUUAAGAAAUUCCUCAUAUUUCAAGAACUCAGUAUUCCUGCCAGCAGGGGGCAGCAAAGACCUUGUUUUCUAUCUUUGCCAAAAGAGACUGAUUAGUUGAAAGUGUUGGUUCAAAACCCUCCAGCUGCACUUUAUGGAGUUUAAACUGGACCCGUUGUUUUAAUUACCAGCGUGGAUCUGGAUAAACUAAAUUAUGAACUGUUGCCAUGUGAUUGAAUUGAUUCCAGCUGACCACUGAUUGUAAAUCAUUGAUUUUUCAGCACAUUAAACAAACUCUUGUCAGUUGUGGAGA